AUGGAUGCCAUCGUUGCUCUUGCGGCUGUUACCGAGAUACUCCUUCGCACUCUUGAUGGCAUCGCUGGUGAUGCAGGCAAGGCUCCUGAACUACGUGAAAAAGCUAUGUAUGUUUCGGCAGCUUUCCGCAAGCAUAGAAACGUCACCCGCCUGAUGGCCCAGGUCACUGCGUUGAAUAGGGACGAAGAGUUGAUCCAUCCCUCCCACCGUAUCCAUGGAGCAACUGAAGCUGCUGAGACUCGCGUUGGUCGCUAUGGAAACUUUUUGCAGGCGAUCAUGACCGAUCACAACAUCAAGCCUUCUGUUGCGGACAUUGAAGGCCACCCCAUUCAGCUCAUCAACUCCCUUGAUCCUGAGAUUGAGCAUGUCCUGAAGGACAAUGAUCUUUUUAGAUUCCACCAGGCUCUUCUUCGUGCUGAAAAGAAAGCGAAUGACGAUUUGGCAAAGGCGACGAAGGACUUCGGCUACCACUGGGUCUUCCGAGUCGGUCUCAAGGAGUACUACCUGACCAAAACCAUUGUGGAGAAAGUCAAUUUUAUUCGACCGGAUUACCGUGGUGACGCCUAUCGUGCUCAUACCCAGGCUUGUUGUUAUGACGUUAUGGAGAGACGUGUCCGUCUGAACGACGCCGAAAAACAGCUUAUUGUGCGCCUUAUGGGUUGCCAGCCAGCGGAUGCUCAUAGAUUCUGGGCCUGGCUUGAACGUCACCGCGUCGGCUAUCGUGCUAUGAAGGCCUGCAUCGCUCUGUUGAACAAUCUGCAGUGGAUUCGGAUCCUCCGCGAUGCUCUUCGCAACGGGGUACGGCUGCUCGACAAGCGAGAUAAUGGGGUGGCACACUUGGCAGCAUACUACUACACAGCCAGCUGCCAGGAAGAUACCCGGUCGGACGCCUCCUCGGAUGUGUAUGAUCUACAGCCCUCCGAGUUGUUCUCGCGGUGCUUCCUUUCGUCUGAGCUGGUGUGGGACACCGGGACAGCAGGGGCAUACAGACAGUGGUUGCGGAUCAGCUCAGUUCCUGUUUUCUCUGGUGCUGUGCCCGUGCCUCUGUUGACCUAUAAUGGAACCUUUUAUAGACCCCUGGUGCCUCAACCCUAA